GCCCUUCAGAACGUCACGGUCGGCGACGUCAUCUCAGCCAUGGGAUCUGAAGCCCAUAGUCACGAAGCACUGUCGCGGCAGACGCAUCUGGCAAUCCUGAUCAACGGACGAUGGCAGCCAGAAGAGCAGCCAGUCGACUGGUGCGACAGCAUGCUCGAAGACACGUGCGAGGACUUGGAGAGCAGAGACCACUCGAUUCGCGACUCCGAACAGGCGGACUUCGAGGACGGGUUCGACGACUGGGACUGGGUCGACAGUGAGAUGCAGCGCGAAGCCGAGGAAGAUGCGCGUGAGAGAGUACAGUGGAGCAAAGAAAUGGAAAUCCAGAAUGAAUACCGCCAGCGUCUCGCCAACAUGACGGUGAAGUACCUGAACAUGCAAGGUAGCGAAACCCACACCUCGAAGCCUUAUCCACUCUGCCAUGUCGAACCGUGCGAGUCUUUCCGGGAAGCCUGGCUGCACACUUUGCACGAAGGAAACAGCCCAGAUCGCCGUCUCUCCCUGCGCCAACUACGUCUCAGACGACAAGAAAUUAAGAAGCCUAUCCCGGCGGAAACGCUGCAAUAUCGCAGCGCCAGGGAAGUCUUGCUUCACGAUUUGGACAGCGGUCCUGCAGGACCCAUCCCCCUCGACACCACGAAGCUGGUCUUGGGCGGGGGCGUGAUCACAGACACCUGGAGCUGGCGUGAACUGUUGGGUCACAGCUUGAGCAACGACGUCGUGCACGUGCAAGUUGUCUACAUCUCAGAGAAAGCCACAGGUGCAAAAUCUGAGGAUUCAGGAUUCGUUGCCAUGGCCCCUUGUCAUCGGUGCGGCUUCGGGACAAGGAGCGGCAGAGGACAGGGAUGGUGCAGCAAUCCGCAGUGCCGCCAAGCCGAAAAAGAGGAGUGCCUGGCCCAGAAGAGCGCAGAGAAAAUUGUUUGGCAGCAACAACGGGCAGCGCAGGGAGCGGGCAGUCGUGGACCCUUGCGCGAAGAGAACAGCAGAAAGGCAGAGCGCCGACAGCUGCAUGAGGAAAGGGCGCGGGCAAAGGCAGAGGAGGAAGCAGGCGGCCGUGGACCUUUGCGUGAAGAAGACAGCAAAGAAGCAGAGCGCCGACAGCUGCGUGAGGCAAGGGCGCGGGCAAAGGCAGAGGAGGAAGCGGGCGGCCGUGGACCUUUGCGGGAAGAAGACAGCAAAGAGGCAGAGCGCCGACAGCUGCAUGAGGCAAGGGCGCGGGCAAAGGCAGAGGAGGAAGCGGGCGGCCGUGGACCUUUGCGGGAAGAAGACGGCAAAAGGGAAGAGCGCCGACAGCUGCGUGAGGCAAGGGCACGGGCAAAGGCAGAGGAGGAAGCGGGCGGCCGUGGACCUUUGCGGGAAGAAGACAGCAAAGAAGCAGAGCGCCGACAGCUGCGUGAGGCAAGGGAGCGGGCAAAGGCAGAGGAGGAAGCGGGCGGCCGUGGACCUUUGCGGGAAGAAGACGGCAAAAGGGAAGAGCGCCGACAGCUGCGUGAGGCAAGGGCGCGGGCAAAGUCAGAGGAGGAAGCGGGCGGCCGUGGACCUUUGCGGGAAGAAGACAGCAAAGAAGCAGAGCGCCGACAGCUGCGUGAGGCAAGGGAGCGGGCAAAGGCAGAGGAGGGAGUGGGCGGCCGAGGGCCCAGGCCUUGA